AUGGACCGUGUGGGAAAGAUCGUGUUUUAUGAAGACAGAAACUUCCAAGGUCGCUAUUAUGAGUGCAACAGUGACUGUCCUGAGCUCAACACCCACUUCAGCCACUGCAACUCUGUUCGUGUGGAGAGUGGGGCCUGGGUUCUGUAUGAGAGGCCCAACUACCUGGGCUACCAGUACAUCCUGACCAGGGGGGAGUACCCUGAUUACCAGCGCUGGAUGGGCUACAAUGACAGCAUCAGGUCAUGCAUGAUCAUAAAAAAUACCUCUGGUGUGUUCAGGAUACGCGUCUACGAGCGUCCCGACUUCGGCGGUCAGAUGCUGGAAUGCACUGAGGAUUUGAACAACCUGCCCGACCGCUGGAACCUCCGGGAGGUCCAUUCUGCCCAGGUGCUGGACGGUGCCUGGGUCCUCUACGAGCUCCCCAGCUACCGUGGACGUCAGUACCUGCUGCAGAGAGGAGAGUACCGCCGCUUCAAUGAGUGGGCAGCCAUGAACCCCAACGUGGGGUCCUUCCGCCGCGUCCACGACUUUUAGACUGUCUCUCUCUUAGUUCACCUUUUCAGAAACUGUUCUUUGCACAUUUAAUAAAAAGAUAAAUGUGCUCAGUAUGUUCAUCCCUCCAUCUUCUGUUUUUGGGGUCUGACUACUGAUCAUCAGAGGUGGUAUAAAUUACACUGACAUU